AUGGACUCGCCCUACACAUCUAGCUCCAACAUCGACGUGUGGAGGACAGGUUUAGAGGAGAACUCACCCCCACCCAAUAUUUUGUUCGAUCUCACCCCACGUGACCACGGCGAAUCCAACAUGACGUCACUGGGGUUAGGACCACUGGAACUGGAGCAGCUGCCGAAUUUCUUCUCUCUGCCCUCCUGCCCACCUUACAAGUACGGCCACAUUGGUGACAGAGAAUACCCUCCACCUAAAGGACCCCACGACAUUGCCGACGCCUUGUUGUCACUGAAGCACGCAGUUGUCCACCCAGACCUUCGGGGCCCGUUAUCUCCCCUAUCGCCCCCACCCCCGCCCCAAUCCAUGUCCCACUUUGGCACGCCUCAUUACUCGGGCCAGCACAUGUCCAACUACAGCCUGCCCUCGCCCGGGCCCUACUCCCACGGGCACUACCCCCACGCCCACCCGUCGUCCCAGAGCUUGUCCUAUUCAAUGAACCACAACCCAGCUUCCAUGCAGAACUCGUACGGAGCCCAACCUUUGGGCCCGCCACCACACCACCAGUACCCCCAGUACGACCAGUGUCCCAGCCCAACACUGCAACAUCCCAUGCAGACAGCCAACGUUCACUUCCCGUCUAUGAGCGUCAACGUUUCCAUGAGCAUGAACGUCGGGAUGCCGGCUAAUCUUAACCUCGGCCCACCAGGCCCGGGGCAGUACAACUGCGGGAACAACCCCGGGGGUGGGGUCUCCCAGAACUGGUCUAUACCACCACCCAGCCCUACUCUCCCACCGCAGAACACCGCCGCACUCUCCCAGUACCACACCUCAGCGACAUCAAGUUUACAAACCCACUGCAACGGUUACACUGGUCAGUCCCACGCGUUCUCCCACUUCAACCCCGACUACAGAUCUGUUCCGCCCGACCCACGGGCAAGCGUCUACUACAAACCCGUGCCGGAAAACUUCAAGGAGAGCAAGUUCUGCCAGAUGAACCACCACCAUCACCACCACCAUGAGCAUGUCCUCAAGCGGAGCAGAUUCAGCGCAGACCGCUCCGUUCCUUCAGCUCCAGGUCUAGACGGAAGCCUCGUUAAAACAAACCUCUGCCGGAUCUGUGGAAAAACUUACGCUAGACCCAGCACGCUCAAGACCCACCUGAGAACUCACUCAGGUGAAAAACCGUAUAAGUGCAGCACGUGUAGUAAAUCCUUCUCCCAGGCGGCCAACUUAACCGCGCAUCUAAGAACUCACUCGGGAGAAAAACCUUUCCGCUGUCCAGUAUGUGAACGCCGUUUUUCUCAAAGUUCUUCCGUGACCACGCACAUGCGCACGCACUCAGGCGAAAGGCCGUACCGCUGCCGGAUGUGCAAGAAAGCGUUCUCCGACAGCUCCACGCUGACCAAGCACCUCCGGAUCCACAGCGGGGAGAAGCCGUACCAGUGCAAGUUGUGUCUGCUGCGCUUCUCCCAGUCCGGCAAUCUCAACCGGCACAUGAGGGUACAUUCCAGUACCAGUUAA